AUGUUGCUCAUUGCUCUUAAUAUUUUUGCGCGCCAGUUCAUUUGGGUUCUCAUUGAUAUGGCUGAUUUACACAAGUUUAUAAGACAGCAAUUUUCGGAUAAUAACUGGUCUAAACAAUGUGAUCUCUCGAAAGUAUCACUAGCGAAGUUAAAGGAGAUAGCGGAAGCUUUCAAUCAGUUGGAUGUUAAGUCCAAGUUAACCCUUACAUUCACUUACACCAAUUCUGUUAUCCCUUCAGACCCCGGGAUUGCUGAACUUAUCGAAAGUGUAAUCCUUCAAGCGUUGGAUGAGGACAACAAUUUUGUGCGUUGCGUCGCGACUGCACUUCAUAGUCGUCAUAACUUCGGCCAUCUUAUAUUCGACCUUUCUGAAACAAGUGAAUCGUUCGCUAAGACUCUUGGUAGUCUCAGAACCUGUUCAACGGAUGGACAUGUCUUUACAAGGAUUCCUCCUCUCGCAGAAUUGCUUGACUCACGCAUCACAGACGGCGCACUGGAUAUUCCUUCUUCUCUGCCGUCUAAAGAUCUCAGAAGCAACUGCCUAAACUCCUUUUGUGGCUUUACAGUUCGUGAUAAGACACCAGCUCAAAGACUGAAGGAGUCUUACCUUGAUCGGCUUCAGGAAGAGUGUGAACGUCGUCGUAUUCAUGUACCCAUCCCUGGCCGCAGUUUUGGCAAACAGGAUGGUGGGGAAGACGUUUCUCGUGAUGGUGUCACUCAACAGGUUCAUUCCCUUUAUUCAGAGUCUCCUUCGGGAAGUCGUCGUGCUCCUAGUUUUCCUCGGCGUUCCUCCGUUCCUCGAAAAACAGACGUAAACGACACCCAAAGUUCAACUCCCACCAGUAUUGCCAACACUGGAUCUUCUCAAACAUCCUCAAAUUCUCACACUAGUGCUCGAGCUAAGUUGUUAGCAAUGCACAAUCUAAGUACAGCAUCCGUGGGACGGAACGGCAGUAGUGGUUCCAACAGUGGGGCUACUGCGAAUACUUCCCGACGAAUGAUGCUUCUCUCCUCUUCAACCACUUCCGAGCCUUGUGAACGAACUACUCUUCGAAAUCUAACUACGACAGGCGCUUCAGUGGCUGGAAUCAAGCGAUCGAGUGGAAUAAAGUUGCUAGACUUUCAGGACUUGCCCGCCAUUGGGCUUCAGGCGAAAAAAUUGCGGAAAGAACAACAAGAAAAGGAGCGAGAAGAGAAGCGGAAGGAGCGAGAGCAGAAAGCACAGGAGCGUCGCGAAGCACGCGACACCGCCCGUCGCGCAAGAAUGCUUGCACAUGCAGCUGCGGCUUCUGGAGGCAAAAAGACCGGUGCGACCUUGCUCUCUCCGCUCUCUCAUCCCACCCAACCUGUCGUCACACAGGCGCUUCCUCUGUUGCAUCCCAUACCGCAACAACCACCUCGCAUUCAAUCAGGUCUAGAGACUGUUGUGGCUACCACGAAACCUAUUGGAUGGAAUUCGCAACAGCCCUGGACUCCAUAUGGUAUUGGACCGACGCGCAAUCAUCGUGUCCGACAGCCCAAUCGACAAGGGGGAUCUGAUCAGAACGGUGAAGACGAGGUAAUGGAUGAUGAUGAUGAAGAUUAUGAGGAUGACGAUGAUGACGAGGAGGAAUGUGAAGCUGUUGUUGGGGCUGAUGGCGCGUUCCACUUGACUGCUCCACGGGGCUUCCGAGGUUUCACUGAGACAACUCCACAGACUUCCGUAUCUCUGCAGCCCCAAGAGAGCACGACACCCACUGCCACCAUUCUGUUUCAACGCUCCACUCAGGGCGGCCAUGUCGUGUCUCAACUCAUAACUACGGGUCACCAGGCAGCGGCGGCCCAAGGGGAUGUGUUACAGUCUGCGACUGGAGGCCCAAGGUUUCGCUUUGUGAGACCGUGGGUACCGCCGCCACAGAGUCAAGCCUCACAGGAGGACGCUGUCACUGGAGAAGGGGUCACCGCUACGGCCUCCACGCGUCUCAUUCAAUUGCCGGAUGGUCGAAUCGCUCUGGCCACCUCCGCACCGCAUCAAUUUUCCCAACAGCCGCAACAGCAUCCACAAACUGUAAUAAUUACAAAUCCUGGCACUCGCCUCCAAAUGGCAGCAACUCCCACUGCCCAGAUCUCCACCUCGUUACCGACUUCCACCCUCCAAGCAGCAAAUGCCUCUCCCCAGCAGGUUCUUGUUCACAGCCCUGCUCUGGUCUCCACAAAUUCACCACAUCAACAGCGGCAACAAACGGCUGUUAUGGUCGGUUCCUCCCUUCCACAGGCCACUCUUCAAGUUCCUGUGGGACAGGCUGUUCCUCUCGUUGCUUCCCCUCGUCUUCAGCCUAGGCUGAUACAGAUCCGUCCUCGAACACCAAUUGUAGCUACAGCUGCACCUACGGCCAGUGUGGCGGCUCCUUCUACGGUUGCUGCAUCGGGCACAAUUCCGGUUAUUUUGCCCUCUUUGAGCAAUAUCACAACCAACAUCACCUCCUCUGGCAGUACUGGCUUUCAGCAGCGUUCGCGUUUCGUAGUCGCCAAUUCUUUCCAUCAAGUAGUCCCUACUCCGGGUGUUCACCAUUCACCUCAGCAGCAAACACUGAUGAGGAUAGUCCCACGGCCCACUCAGCCGCCGAUAGCUCCUGCUACCAAAGUCGGAGCUAAGCCGCUGUUGCCACAGCCACCUCAAGCACAACCUCCGCCACCACUGAUGCAGCCAAAGGAGAAGAUUCAUUUGACCUCAACUCAGUUGACCUCCAUCCAGACCCUCUUUCAGGGCGCCAAUCGUCUCACUCGUCCUGAUAAGGCCAUUAUUCUCUCCUUCUUUAGUGGCAAGCGCGUGAAUCCACAACCGGAGGGUGGAUCUGCAUUGCGUAUUCGCUUGUCGGAAUACCGAGAGCGAGUGAUCGAUGCGGCUUCGGGAAAAGUGAUGGACGUGGCUGCGGAAACCUUUAUCCACCUGGAUUACGCCACGGGCAAGUUCGAUCGCGUCAAAUCUUAUCGCACUCUCCCUCCAGAGCAGCUAAUGGCUCUGCCUCUCACCAUGUCUUCACGACCGGGUGUUGGUGGUGCUGGUAGUAGCAAUGAACGAGCCAGCAAUGCGGCGGGUCCGAUGACCCGCAGCGACUACGAAGAGGCCUACCGACGUCGAGACAAACGCACACUGCAGCAGUUGCUAGCCGAGGAAGAGGCUCUUAUUGACAACGAGGCAGCGGACUUUGAGACUGCCGAAAAGGAGGCUAUUGCCGCUGCCUUCUCAGCUUGGGUGCCUAUCACUCCUCAGUACAUAGAUGCCCAUUUUCAGCUCUGGUCCCUCUCCCGACGUCCUGGCGACAUAUAUGAAGGCGUCGAACUGCCUGGUGACGCACCUUGGCGUCUUCAUUCUGCCAAAGGAAUCCUAACUCGUGACUUUAAUCCAGACAACUAUGAAGAGGAUUUGUUUGAGAUGAAACAUCGAGCUAAUGCAGAAUUGAAGGAGGGUAUUGGAGAACUUUCACCCGUACAGUAUGCGAUUCAUGUUCAGGCAAGAGCGCAAGUGCAAAACCACUUCUACGUCUUGACAGUGUCAUAUUGUGAGGUGAUUGUGUACAUGAAAUACUUCUCCUCUUUCAUCAUUUCCAUAAAAAUUGUGCUUAUCAGUCCCAAUAUGAUUGUAUUCCAGUCCACUCCAACGUACCAAGAAAACAUGGUAAUGUCGUCAAUAGCGGAAGAGUACUACUACCUCGCAGGUCACAUCGGUUGGGUGGAUCUGCACGAUAGUGGACUAGCCUCCCGUUUACGCACCCUUAUGCUGGAUCCUUUUCUGGUGGGACUGCGCCACGAUCUCACCAACACUGACGCCAGCCUUCUUCUCGAUCCCUACGUUGACUGUGCAUUCGCAGCCAUAGAACAAAACAAUAUGCCCUUUGAUCUAAUGAUCGGGCCACACCAACUCAAACACGCCUGCCAUCUGGCCUACAAACACCCGCGUUUAAAACUCGUUCUUAACCAUUGCGGUCUUCCCUUGGAAUACACUUCAACACGUCCAGACGAAGAAAUUGUUCUGUCGACGUGGAAAAGUGAUCUGGAAUAUCUCAGUCGUUACCCAAACGUCUACUGCAAGUUGACAGCGACUUCAGGGAAGAUUGUGUGGCAGGCAGAUGCUAAGGUGGAGACGGAGGAAUGGAGUCCAAUGAAGGUGCUCACCCAGGCCAUCGGGUUUUUCGGACCAGAGCGUUGCCUUUUUGGAUCUGGGUGGCCAAUUUGUAGAGUUUUGGCUCCAGUGCAGACCGGUUGGGAUGAGAGUGGCACCGGCGGUGCGUUGGCGGUAAAGGGCGGUAUGGGUGGACCGGUGCCCGGGUACCGUGGAUCAAAGGUGGCGAGACGACAGCUUUCGGUCUGGGAGGCGGCGCGUUUAGUAGAGCAUUGCAUGGAAGAGGCAGGAUUUGGUGCUAUCGAGGACAAACGAAAGGUGUUCGGUAGCAAUGCGCAGGCUGUUUAUACCCUUAACAUUCGGCCCUAUGGGUCAAGUCGGGUGCUAUGA